UCCGCCAUCCACGUGUGGAUUAGCCGGGUCUGGAAACAUGGCCUCUUCGGAGCAGGCUGAGCAACCUGGGCAGAUCAGCUCUUCUGGAACUGAGAAUGGCGCAUCCCGCGACGCCCUGAUUGCCACAGCAGUGAAGUUUUUACAAAACUCCCGAGUUCGCCAAAGCCCGCUUGCAAAUAGAAGAACAUUUCUGAAGAAGAAAGGACUCACGGAUGAAGAGAUAGAUCUGGCGUUCCAGCAGUCGGGUACUGCGAAAGAGGAACCUCAGCCCCAUAAUCUAUCCCCACAGUUGGUGCCAACGCAGUCCACACAGCUCGCAUCGUAUAGUCCCCCGAGCUCCAGAUGGAGAGAUUAUGGUGCCCUAGCAAUUAUUAUGACUGGCAUUGCAAUCGGUUUCCACCAGCUCUACAAGAAAUAUCUGCUUCCCCUGAUCACGAGAGGUAAGGAAGACAGGAAACAGUUGCAGAGGAUCGAGUCGAGCAUCUCUGAAAUGAGUGGCAGCGUGACGCAGACAGUGACUCAGCUUCAGACCACUUUAGCCUCAGUCCAGGAACUGCUAAUUCAGCAGCAGCAGAAAAUUCAGGAGUUGACCCAGGAAUUGGCUACCUCCAAGGCCACAACAUCGACCAACUGGAUUUUGGAGUCUCAGAGUAUCAGUGAGCUGAAGUCAGAGAUCUAUUCGUUAAAAGGGCUCCUUCUGAACAGGAGACAGUUUCCUCCCUCGCCAUCAGCCCCCAAAAUCCUGUCCUGGCAGAUCCCGGUCAAGCCCUCUUCCCCCUCCAACCCGGUGACCAACAACCACAACACCAGCAGCGACAUCUCUCCGGUCAGCAAUGAAUCCAACUCCCCUUCGCCCGUCAAGGAGAACCACAGCCCCGAAGGGCCCAAGGUCGGCUGCCACCUUUUGGGCCCCGAGGAGGAGGGGCAGGCGGUGAUCGACCUGAAGGGGCAGGUGCGGAUGGAGGUGCAAGGGGAAGAGGAGAAGCGGGAGGAGCAGGGCAAUAUGGAGGAGGAGGAGGAAGAGGAGGAGGAGGAGGAGGAAGAUGACAACCACGCAGACGAAGAGGACGUCCAGACGGAGGACCGGCGAGGAGGCGACGGGCAGAUAAACGAACAGGUGGAGAAGCUGCGGAGGCCCGAGGGAGCAAGCAAUGAGAACGAAAUUGACUAGCACAGCGGGCUCCCGGCUCCCCGCCCACCUCGCUCUUCACCAAGGCUCAGAUCGUCCCUUCGCCUCACUUCUGUGGUUCACCCCGAGUAGCAUUGUAAUCUCACCCGCCAAGCAGGUGUCGGGGCCCACCCCUCCCCACCGCAGCCCCUCUUCCCUCAGCUCCCACCGCCCGGCUUGCCCCGCAGCCGAGUGAAGGUCUCCUCUCGCUAACCGUGCGCAGCCAGGCAUCGGUCUGCGGGCCCAGCCGGUCCUCUCAUCCUCCCCAACGAUAAAUUCGCAUUCCCCAGCGUGGCUUCUGCCCGUCCGACUGCCUCGAAGCGCAAGCGUUUCUCAUGGCGGUUGGGGAGCUCUCAUCCCACCCUGUCCUUCAUCUCUGGGGUCCCCUGCCUUCAUCGCUAACCCUCCUUAUUUAUUGCGGUUCAGUCUGGGGAGCAAACGGUCGCCUGCUUUCCCCCAGUUUGGCUCUUUCUGGAAAAGGUGACGAGCUGCUGGUGCCUGAGAGCCGAUUUGGGGAUACCGGCCUCACAGCACCCUCCUCCCUCCCCGCCAGCGGCCGUUUGCUCUGUUUCUUACGCCCCUUUCUCUCUUCCUGCUCUUCCGCUAUACAAGAGCGCCUGCUCCUUCCUUAACAAGGGGGGGCCUGAAGCCCUCCAGGACAGCCAUUCUAACCUGGGCUUGACAUGAUUUCCCCUUUCCAACCCUGCGGGGCGGUGCUGGGGCCGCCAGGGCUUCGGAUCCUCCGUGGCUCCUUCACAAAACGGAGCCGGUUCGGGGCCCCAUUGUCUUUUCCAACUGAAGCCUCGUUGACGGAGGCCUGGCUGUUGCGUCACACGGAGGUGUGUGCUCUCCCCUCCUCCCUGCCCCCCCCCCACUUUUGCCUUACUGGGUGGAGAAAAGAAACCAGGUUUUAGGAACCUCGUUUUGUGGCGUCGUAUUCUCGGGUGUUCCAGCAGUGUUGAUUUCCAUUCACUUCAUUAAAAGAGCCUCGAAACCAGUAACAUCUUGAGCCUCUUAUUGCUCCUCGUCCUCACCGAGAGGAAACGAAAUGUGCUCGUCUGUGUGAUCAUGUAUAGAACUCAAGUAUAAAAUAUGACUGUAUAUAAUUGUAAUAAAUAUGAGUUACCACUGUUUCACGCUGGGCGGUGGCUAGUCCA